AUGGCACACAAUAAGAAUGCGCGGGCCGCCGCGCAGUUGCUGGCGAGCCGUCACUGUCGAGUCCACGCCGCGACGGGAGGUCCGACGAUAAGUGCGACCAAGACCGCAGCCACCAUGUACUCUGAGCCGUCGAGGCGGACGCGGAGCUCCGCGAGUCCGAGAUCCAGUCUCUGGAUUAUGGGUAUAGAUUUCGAAUUCGCUCCUAAAGCCGAAGCUGAAGCGGAGGCUCCGUCUCUGUAUCCUACGCUGGACUUUAAGCGCUUCUUUCACUCGCAAGAAGCUGCCGCGGGCGCAAGCGACAAUGGACUGCUCAACAAGGCUUCCCAACCUCUACAGCUUCCCAAGGCACCUGACACGGCGACCGUGAAGCCAGACUGGGGGAAUCAACCAAUCCCGUCAACAACUUUUACGACUACCGUCGUUAUUGAAAAGGCAACCACUGGCACAUCCACGGCACGCACACAGCCCGCUGCGCAGCCGCCCGACACAGUUUCCAAAGACGCCCCCUCAACUAUAGAGCCGCCGCUUACAUCUCUCGACUUUAACAUUUCCAAGGAUCUUUUCAAAGCCGCCCUCGGCCAGCCCAAAGACAGCGCCGGCUCCUUUUGGUCUCACACCAUGUACAAGAGCACCUCGGCCGACGGCACCGUCCAGGACGUCCAGGUGCACUACUGCACCAGCAGGCAGGCCAUGGAGGUUGCCUGCCAGACCUACUUUGCCCACGAGCCUGUCCUCGGCUUCGACCUCGAGUGGGUGGCGUACGCCACGCGCGGCGGCGGCCCGCGCCAGAAUGUGUCCCUCAUCCAACUGGCCAGCCCCGGCCGCAUCGGCCUCUUCCACGUCGCCCUGUUCCCCAAGGCCGACGAGGACGACGGCGGCGGCGGCGGCGGCCUCGUGGCGCCCACCUUUCGCGCCAUCAUGGAGGACGCCGCGGUGGACAAGGUGGGCGUGCACAUUCAGGCAGACUGCACGCGGCUGCGCAACUUUCUGGGAGUCGACGCGAGGGGCGUCUUUGAGCUGAGCCACCUGUACAAGCUGGUCAAGCACGCCGGCGACAAGCAGAGGCGCAAGCUGAUCAACAAGGUGCCCGUGGCGCUGGCGACGCAGGUGCAGGAAAUACUGAAGCUGCCGCUGUUCAAGGGCGAGUCGGUUCGGGGCAGCAACUGGUCCAAGGCGCUGACCUCGAAGCAGCUCACGUAUUCCGCCGCCGAUGCCUACGCGGGCCUUCAGUUGUACCACGUCUUGGAAGAAAGACGGCUCGCCAUGGAUCCUCCGCCAGACCGGCCCCGCCAUGCCGAGCUCAGGCUUCCCAUCCCAAUACCGCCCACGCCGGUUGUUUCUGAUGAAGAGUCCGACGUCGACUCGGAUCUAGAGUCUGUCAAAGAUUCGAGCUCAGAGUUUAGCGACGACUCGAUAGAGGAGACGAUGCUGGAGCUAGCCAUGGCAGAGAGCUCGCUCAUUGCAGAGAGCCCGUCCAUCGCAGCACGCCCAUCUCGAUCCGCCGCUGCCGCUCAAACCCAAACCCAGAGCCCAACGCGCGACGCGCGAAUAGUAGCCGCCGAGGCCGAGAUGGCUCGGCUACAGGCUUCCCGUGCCCGCGGCCGCUUGCUGGCGAGACCCUCGGCGCUGCGCACGUUUUACCUGUGGCAAGCAAACGACGACCUGGCGCCCGCCGACGUUGCCCGGCUGCUGCGCGAGCCCCCGCUGCAGACGGGCACCGUCAUCGGGUACAUCUUGGACGCCAUCAAGGCCGAGAAGCUUGCGUUUCCGAAAGAGAGGCUGCGUCGGGAAGUCUUGUCCAUUCUGCAUCCCAAGCUUGCUGGCGGCAAAUACCGUGCCGUUGUAGAGCGAUGUGGGCAGGAUGAGACGUAA